AUGCAAGCAGGUGGCAAAAUCAAACGAAUAAAAGUUUUGUUCCACGUCUCUACCGAAACCUGUUGCCCGCAAAAAAAUAUCCUUCAUGUUAGCCGCCCAUCGCGCGCCGGCUCGUUGUUUGUUUGUGGCCCAUGGGUAGAGGAGAUCUACUUAUCUCAUUCUGUUCGUAUUUAUCCCAAUCUAUAUAGAUCUCUCUCUCUCUCUCUCUCUCUCUCACACACAUACUUUCUCUUUCAUCUUUCUCAGUCUGUUUAUAUCUAUCUAUCUAUCUAUCUAUCUAUCUAUCUAUCUAUCUAUCUAUCUAUCUCUCGUUAUAGUGUCAUAUUUAAUUAUAUAGCUGUCAUUAUUUUAUGUAAACGCAUCAGACUGAAAUCUAUCUAUCUAUCUAUCUAUCUAUCUAUCUAUCUAUCUAUCUAUCUGCAUAUACAUUCCAAUUUGUCUAUCAAUAGCUGUUCGGAUCUUUUUUUCCUCAUGUUUACAACCAUUUGUUUAGGCGUAUUUUCUAUCUAUCUAUCUAUCUAUCUAUCUAUCUAUCUAUCUAACUGCAUAUACAUUCCAAUUUGCGUAUUUUCUAUCUAUCUAUCUAUCUAUCUAUCUAUCUAUCUAUCUAUCUAUCUAUCUAUCUUAGUCUAUUCAUAUCUAUCUAUCUAUCUAUCUAUCUAUCUAGAUAGAUAG